UCCGGGUCACUCGCGCGGCCUCGAUCCGGGACACGCGCGGCGGCGGCGGCUCUCGAGGGACUCUGAAUAUGUCUGGCAUAGCUCUUAGCAGACUUGCACAGGAGAGAAAAGCCUGGAGAAAAGAUCAUCCAUUUGGAUUUGUAGCAGUACCUACAAAAAAUCCAGAUGGCACAAUGAAUCUAAUGAACUGGGAGUGUGCUAUUCCAGGAAAGAAAGGGACACCGUGGGAAGGAGGCUUAUUUAAACUACGGAUGCUUUUCAAGGAUGACUACCCUUCUUCACCCCCAAAGUGUAAAUUUGAACCACCGUUAUUCCACCCAAACGUGUAUCCUUCAGGCACCGUGUGUCUCUCCAUCUUAGAGGAGGAUAAGGACUGGCGGCCAGCAAUCACAAUUAAACAGAUCUUGUUAGGCAUACAAGAACUUCUAAAUGAACCAAAUAUUCAAGACCCAGCUCAAGCAGAGGCUUACACAAUUUACUGCCAAAACAGAGUGGAAUAUGAAAAGAGGGUUCGAGCACAAGCCAAGAAGUUUGCACCAUCAUAAGCAUUUGUCACGCAGCAUCUUAAAAAGGAAGGGAUUGGUUUGGCAAGAACUUGUUUACAAAACUUUUGCAAAAUGUAAUGUUGCUAUGUACAAUUAAUAAUCCACAUAAGGGGAGGGGGUUGUAUGUGUGCCAUUUUCCAUAUUCGCCAGUUGUAUACAGUUCUAAAUUUGCUGAAUUGCCCCCAGUUUUUUCAUACAGGGUCUCUUCCUUCAGUCUUUUGUAUUUUUGAUUGUUAUGUAAAACUUGCUUUUAUUUUAAUAUUGAUGUCAGUAUUUCAACUGCUGUAAAAUUAUAAACUUUUAUACUUCUAUAAAUUCACUAGUACCUCUAGUUACUUUGCUAUCUGAUGCAGGCAUGCUUUAAAAUGUUAGAACUAUAUUUAGCCUCUAGCUGGCUGUAUGAAAAAAAAAAUCAUGCCCUCCACCCCCUUCCCUCCCUGAAUUUGUUUUUUCUAUCUUUCAGAAACUAGGUUGUUAUUGCUUAAGAGCCUCUGAGAUCCAAAGUUAGCCAGCAUCCUUAUUCUGCAUCACUUUCUUUGUGUUUAUAUGGCAUUCUGUCUGUGUUGCUGUUUAGAGUAAAUAAACUGUUUAUAUAAA